AUGUCUCUCGUGUCAACCAAGUCCCGGUCUGUCGAACAUCUCGAAAAGGAGCCGAUGGCAGAAUCUACCAUACCAGAUGAGGAGAGUGCUUUGCCUCCCUCUACUCCAGACUGGACUCCGGAAGAGGAGAGGGCACUAGUUCAAAAGCUCGACUGGCGCGUCUUCCCUAUGUUGUGCGUCGUGUUUGGCCUGUCUUUACUCGACAGAACGAACAUCUCGAAUGCAUACAUUGCCGGCAUGGCCCAUGAUCUUGAACUCACGGUCGGCACAAGAUAUUCAAUUUCAUUACUGGUGUUUUUCAUUGGUGGUGCCCCUUCUCAAGGGAUCUGUAAUCUUAUCAUUCGAAAGCUCGGAGCCCAGGUUUGGAUGAGUUUUCUCAUCCUGUCGUGGGGGGCGUGCGUGUUCGGUAUGGGUUUUGUUCACCGGUGGGAAACGCUUACAUUAUGUCGGACUUUGCUUGGGGUUUUUGAGUCUGGGUUACUCCCUGGAGCAAUCUUCAUUAUUGGCUCCUGGUAUUGCCAGUUCGAAACCGCUGGCCGUACCUCGAUGUUCUACAUGGCAUCUCUGAUAGCCAGCGCCUUCGGCCCUGUCCUUGCCUAUGCCCUCUCCUUGGUUCGGGUAGGAGACGGGGAUUACGCCCGCGGGUGGAGGUGGAUAUUUAUUGUCGAGGGUAUCAUCACAAUUGUCUGCGGCGUGGCUGCUCCUUGGCUCCUUAUUGACUUCCCUGAGAGAGCUACUUGGCUCACACCACGUCAGAAAUAUAUUGCUCAGGCUCGACUACAACAGGAUAGGGCCUCGACAGAAUUCAUCCACCCUAGCUUUAUCGAGGCAUUGAGGAUAGCUCGGGACUGGAAACUACUUGUCUAUUCCUUUCAAUAUUUCGUUGCAGCAAGCUGCGUCUACUCUCUUGCCUACUUCAAACCCAUUAUUCUGAACGAGGGUAUGGGCUUCAGUUACGUCCUAGCUCAAGUACUCGGAGCUCCCCCUUAUGUCUUUACGAUCAUAGCUAGCAUCAUGCUAGCCCGACUCAGCGACAAGUGGCGCAUUCGGUGGCCCUUCUUGUGUUCGCAAGCUCUUACAGCCGUGGUGGGCAUGGUGCUUGUCCUUUACACCCACAUCGUUGGCGUACAAUAUUUCGGAAUGAGUCUUGCUAUCUUCGGCGUCCAGUGUAUUGUCCCGGGGACUUUAGCUUACAGCUCCAGCAAUACAGCCGAAGUCAGAAAGAAGGGUGUGGUCUCUGCGAUUAUUGUUACCGCAGGAGCCGCUGGCGGUGUUUGUGGGAGUACGGUCUUCAGAAGUCAGGAUAAGCCGCGGUAUCUUCCAGGAAUGUGGACUACCAUUGCCCUUCUCCUCAGCUAUGCUUGCGUGACAUUUGCCCUCAGCAUGCAUCUCAAACGAGAAAACCGCCUAGCCGAUGAAGGCAAGAGGCCUUGCUUGGAGAAUGUGGAAGGGUUCAGAUACGCUCCGUAG